UAUAAGCUGACCCCGCUUCAUUCUCAGCUCGUAUACCCACGCGCACCUCCCACACAUUACUCAACAUGCUAGCUGCCGUCCUUGCCCUCGCUGCGGCCCUUCCAGUUCUCGCUGCCGGCCCAUACCCCAUCAAGGCCAACGGUGUCAACUGCCGCUCGGGACCUAGCACCUCAGCCUCUGUGGUCAAGCAGUACCAGAAGGGCCAGCAGGUCACUCUGCAAUGCCAGACUGAAGGUGUCAGCGUGAAUGGCAACACGAUUUGGGGCAAGACACAAGACAACUGCUUCGUCACAGACCACUACAUCCAGACCACCGGCAAACCCGAAUACGUGGCGCCGAAGUGCGGCGGCUCGACCGCCCCUCCAGCUACAGCCGAGCCCUGCCCGACCCUCAACGCGGCGGGCACCUCCCUUCUGAAGCACUUUGAGGGGUUCGUCCCGCGGCCAGCGCCGGACCCGAUCGGUCUCCCGACUGUAGGCUACGGCCACCUUUGCCAGACCACAGGUUGCGCCGAAGUUCCCUACACCUUCCCGCUCACGGAGGCGACCGCUACCCAGCUUCUCAAUGACGAUGUACCCCGAUACACUGCGUGCCUCGGCGAUAUGCUCGACGGUGUGACGCUCAACGACAAUCAGUGGGCAGCCUUGGCCAGCUGGGUGUUCAACCUGGGAUGCGGGGCGACGGGCAGCAGCUCGCUCAUCCGCCGACUCAAUGCCGGCGAGGACCCGGCCACGGUCGUCGGCCAAGAGCUGCCGAAGUGGGUGAACGCCGGGGGAAAACAGCUGCCGGGCCUCGUGCGUCGGCGCAAUGCCGAGAUCGACCUCUUCAACACUGCCAGCAGCAAACAGGCUUAUCCUCAGUGCGAGUAGACUGUCCGGAAAGUAUGUUAUGCUGUUCCCGUUCCCUGAGCAUGUCAUUUUCACGUCAUGGCAAUUAUCGCGCUAUGCCUAUCUCGUUGAUGGCCGGUUGCUAGUUCCCGUUGAUGCACCC